AUGAGUUCAUCUGAAGGAAUAAUGACGAUUAGUAGCUGGUGUGCAAACGAGCUACCACAAGAAGUUAUUAACAACAUCUUUUACGACCCUCAUUCUCCAGAGCAAUACAGUGCCACUGGCCGCAAAGUCGUGAAUACUGUUUUUAUGCCGAAAUCUGUUGACAGAGUCAUCGGAGUUCUCUCGAACUUGGCGGAGUUUGCCAACGCUUUUAAGUGUCCUGUCGGUUCGCGCAUGAAUCCAGCGCACAAGUGCUCGCUUUGGUGA